GCUCUGGCUUCUUUUCGCUGCUCAAAGUGGUAAUGGUGAAUGAUUUUGUGAAAUUUCCUAUUCCUCGACCUAGGCAUUGACCAUUUUGUAAAUUCCCUUUUCGUACAGGACACCAGUACCACCACACCCGAACUUCAAGAUUCCUGAUCUCCCUUCCUAAGUCAUUCACCUCUUCGACCACCCAUCAUCAUGUCGUCCUCAAACAGCUCCUCCAACUAUGGCUCUGAUCACUCAACCAUUCUGAGCCAAAGCACAUUUCGCUCACAAAAGUCUCAGGACCACCGGGGCGAGCGGACUGAACGACAAACUUCUCAUGGCAAGCGUGUGGUUACCUACGAGCACCAUGCCAAGGGUUAUGAUCAAUAUGCGCCAACGCCCAGCUAUGGCCAAUCAACAACAUACGGUCGACAACAGUAACAGCCCGAUGCCUUUUGGGGAAGGCUAUCGAUCCUUCCUAUGCCAUGUUUGCAUACUAUUGCUUAACACAACAACAACAACUCAACUGUUUUUGGAUCUCCACUUGGGAUAAUUUCCUAGGAAAAUGGCGUUAAUCGUAGAUGGAACGGGCCGGAGGCUUCCAAUUGUUUUCUAUCCUUCGCCGUCUGUUUUAAUGUCUUUGAAUCAAUAGGUGAAUCGGCGCAGGCGGAUAAUUGUGGCAAGAUUUCUUACUCGCAAGAAAGAUGGGAAAAUGGCGUUCAAAUGGUAGCAGGCGCAAGCAACAUCGAUAUCCUUGAGCCCUGUUUUCCAUAUUCAUCACCUAGACUAUCAGGAGAGGGUUCUCCUUAUUUAUAUACCAAUCGAGUUACGAAUCAACCUCAGACCCUAAAGUC